AUGGCCAACACCUUCCUGCGCGUGCAGGGCGAUACUAUCGUCGACGGGAAUGGAGAAGGGAUUGUGAUGCGAGGAGCUGCUCUUGGAGGAUGGAUGAAUAUGGAAAAUUUCAUCACAGGCUUCGCAGGCCACGAAGCCCAGCACCGCGCCGCCAUGCGCCGAGUCCUAGGACAAGAGAAAUACGAAUUCUUCUUUGACAAGUGGCUCGAGUAUUUCUUCACUGAGGCGGACGCUAAGUUCUUCGCCGACCUAGGACUGAACUGUCUGCGUCUGCCUUUCAACUACCGGCACUUCGAGGACGAUAUGAAUCCCCGCGUGCUGAAGGAAUCUGGCUUCAAACACCUGGACCGAGUCGUCAACCUAUGCGCAGCACACGGGAUCUACACCAUCCUAGACAUGCAUGCCGUUCCCGGUGGUCAGAAUCCAGACUGGCACUCCGACAAUCCUACUAGCUAUGCCGCUUUCUGGGAUUACAAGGACCACCAAGACCGGACUAUUUGGCUCUGGGAGCAGAUAGCCAACAGGUACAGGGAUAAUCCUUGGGUUGCUGGGUACAACCCUCUCAACGAACCUUGCGAUCCUGAGCAUGUUCGGCUCCCCGCCUUCUAUGCUCGUGUUGAGAAGGCGAUUCGCAAGAUUGACCCGAACCAUAUCCUAUGGCUGGAUGGGAACACGUUCGCGAUGGAGUGGAAGGGGUUUGACGACGUGUUACCUAACUGCGUGUAUGCUAUGCAUGAUUACUCGUCAAUGGGUUUCCCCACCGGCGAUCGCUACAAAGGCACAGCCGAGCAAAAGGAGCGGCUUGAACGCGGGUACCUGCGCAAAGCGCACUUCAUGAGCGAGAACAAAACCCCUGUCUGGAACGGGGAGUUCGGGCCCGUCUACGCGGACCAGGUAUUCGACGUUGAUGCCGAGACUGUCAACCAAGAGCGGUACAACCUCCUUGGCGAUCAGCUGCGUAUCUACGACAAGUAUAACAUCAGCUGGUCGAUCUGGCUCUACAAGGACAUUGGUCUGCAGGGUAUGAUCUAUACGAAUCCCGAGAGCAAGUGGAACAAGACGCUCGAGCCUUUUCUGGACAAGAAGAGGGACUUCUGGCUGGAUAAAUGGGGCCGUCGGCCUAAGUCUGAACCUGAGGAAGCUUUGAAGCCUUUGCUCGAGUGGAUUGACCGUGUUAGUCCAACGGCGAAGAAUACUUAUCCCACGUCGUGGAAUACGGAGUUGCAUGUCAUGCGGAACGUGUUUUACACUUUCUUGGCGGCGUCGUUUGUGGAUGAGUUCGCUGAAUUAUUCCGAGGAAGCAGUAAGAAGGACCUGGAAGAGUUGGCUAGGAGUUUCCACUUUGAGGGUUGUGUGCAGCGAGAGGGUUUGAAUCGUAUGCUUAAGGACCACGCACAUGCGUCUCAUCGCAUUGAUCCAAUCCGGUUGACGUCAGACAACAUCCUCCCGAUCCUCAACCUGCCCCUCACUCACAAGGUGCUGGGCCAUGAUUCCUCAGACGAGUCUCUUGCACAGGUUGCAAGUGGUGAGAUCUCAUAUACUACCUUCGUCGCCGAUCAGGCCCGCGCCGCCCUCCAGUCUAACGAUGACUUAACCACGGAACAAACACAGUCGCAAAUCCUGCACAUUGGACUAGCAGCCUUGUUCAGCUUCCUACAGUCCAAUGUCACCGGCCCUCCCCUCGAAUUCAGCUCGGCCGAAGCUGUGUUGCCCUCUAUCCUGCGAACUGAGCCCACAACCCUCAAAACCGUGCGGGCAAAGGUCAUCCGUGACCUAACCCUGGAUGGAGAAGCUGCCUACAAACUCACGCCCAACCCGGAGUUGUUCGCUGUAGCCAAAGCUCUGCUGGUAGAUUCAAGCAGUGAUGGACCGCUUGUGACAAAGACCGCGCGUAUGCGCGCCAACUUCCUUCACCAAAAAAUGCUUUCGGAAGUCACGAGUACUCUCCAGGAUGCGAUCUACAAGGAUCUUGAGAUCCUGGAUAAGGCUGAGUUGAACUCAGACGAGAGGAGUCGGUUCCUGCUGGAAAGGGCCAUUAUUCACACACACCACGGAUUCGAUGUCAAGGCACGGGAAGAUAUUGAUCAGGCGGCCAAGGUGCGGAGGUUCGAGUUUGCGCUGACCGGAAAGAUGGGCAAGCGGACAAAAUUCCAAGACCGUGAUAUCAGUCAGCUAGUCGUUUUGGCUAAGAGUACGGAUGAGACAUCACAACCUUCAGAGCCUUCUGGGCCUAAGAACCUAAACUUGGACGACGAUACCCUUCUCGAGGCCAUCUCUUUCUCCGACCAAAAGCCCGACGAGCAGUCUUUGGCAAUUCAAGAUAAGGUGUCUGCAGCUUUGAGUGCUAUUGAUGCGAACAAUCAGCCCAUUCUCAAUCCCGUUGACUCUGCUCUCCUACUCGCAUUGGCAUCUGCCAUUACUAACACUUCGCCUGAGAACGGCCUCACCCGCGAGGAAACAAACCCCUAUGCCACUCGAGUGCUCGAUGGCGGCAGCUCCAACUGGCAGAUCUAUACCCAAGCACUUCUAGUCCGCAGUCGAGUAGAGGGCUACCGUUCGCGUACUGUUGAGAGAGCCGUGCUGCAGAUGCAGGCUUUGGUGGAUCAGGUCAUUGCGGACACCGCAACUAGCGACGACGCCGCUCAAAAUGAGUCGGGCGACCCUACGACUUUCCUGCCACGCCCUGAGCAGUCUGAGUCCGCCCCGGCCGCUGACCGACUCGAGCACAUCUGGAUCCUAGACUUCUCAACACGUUGGAGCCUCGAGGCCGAGCUUGCCAAGCGCUGGGUUGAUCUCGGUGGUCUGCGCACCGCGCUCGAGAUCUAUGAGAGACUGCACAUGUGGGCUGAGGCCGCGCUUUGCUACGCCGCUACCGAGCGCGAAGGCAAGGCGAAGAACAUCAUCCGCCGCCAACUUUACCAAGCCACCGGCGCAGAUGAAAAUGAUGAAAAUGAGAAAUUCGACGGACCAGAGCGGUCACCACUACCAGCAGAUGCUCCACGCCUGUUCUGUAUCUUGGGAGAUAUCGACAAGGACGAAAAGAUGUACGAGCGUGCCUGGGAAGUCUCCGGGGAACGAUAUGCCCGCGCCCAGCGGUCCCUGGCCCGCCACUACCUCACAUCAACACCACCACAAUUAGAACAGGCCGAGAUAGCCUACAAGAAGAGCUUGCACAUCAACCGCCUGAACCAGGGCGCAUGGUUCGCUCUCGGCUGCGUGCAGCUCGAGCUCCAGAAAUGGGAAGAAGCAACUGACACCUUCACCCGCACCGUCCAACUCGACGAUACCGACGGCCAGGCCUGGAGUAACCUUGCCGCCGCGAUGCUGCGCAUGCCCGACCCAGAGCCCGCCGCAGAGGUCAUUGAUGAGUCCACCGGCGAGGUCUCCGCCGCCGAAGUCGACCCGCACAAGCGCAAGCGCGAGGCACUAUCGGCCCUGCAACGCGCAGCACAACUCAAGGGCACUGACGCCCGCAUUUGGGACAACGUCCUGACAGUCGCGGCGUCCAUCCCGCCGCCGGCAACACCAUUCCGCGAUGUGAUAACCGCCCAGAAGCGCAUUAUUGAGCUCGUCGGCACGAAGGACGGUGAGAAAUGCAUUGAUGUGGGGAUCCUCGCCAUGCUCGUUGACUUCCUGAACGUGGCGUUCGAGUACGAGGAGUUGCUUAUUCGCUCUGACGAUCCAUCCGAAGCCCCGAUUGUUCGCACCGGUACUGUUGCCGGCCAGAUCAUCUCGCUGGUCGACCAGCAUGUCAUUCCGCUUAUCACGCACUCUUCGGUAUUGUGGCAGAUUGUUGCUCGCGUUGAAGUCUUCCGUGGCAGGCCGUCUAAGGCGUUCGAGGCCCAUGAGAAAGCAUGGCGCGCUACUAUUGCUGCUAAUGCUCAGGGUGCUUUCCAGAUGGGUGAUGAGAAGCCCUGGCUUGAGGUUGUGCGGGCUACGGAGAAGCUCGUGAGGGAUGGGUAUGCUAAGUUUGGUCCUAUGGACCGUGAAGAUCAGAAGGUUGAGGGUGACCAAGAGGCCGAGCUUGUUGCGAAGGACUGGCGGUUUAAGUCUCGCAGUGCCGUGAGAGGAAUCAUGGGCAAGGGCAAGGAAUUCUGGGAUGGAACGGAAGGCUGGGACCGCUUGAAGGAGUUGCAGUCUGAGGUUACAGGCAAUUAG